GGGGAGGGGGCGGCGGCUAUGGAGCGAGUGAACGACGCUUCUUGCGGCCCGUCGGGCUGCUACACCUACCAGGUGAGCAGGCACAGCACCGAGAUGCUGCACAACCUUAACCAGCAGCGCAAAAACGGCGGGCGCUUCUGCGACGUGCUCCUGCGUGUGGGCGACGAGAGCUUCCCAGCUCACCGCGCCGUGCUGGCCGCCUGCAGCGAGUACUUUGAGUCCGUGUUCAGCGCCCAGUUGGGCGACAGUGGAGCUGCUGACGGCGGUCCCACCGACGUGGGGGGCGCGGCGGCGGGGCCCGGCGGCGGGGCCGGGGACAGCCGUGAGCUGGAGAUGCAUACCAUCAGCUCCAAGGUGUUCGGGGACAUCCUGGACUUUGCCUACACUUCCCGCAUCGUGGUGCGCCUGGAGAGCUUCCCUGAGCUUAUGACGGCCGCCAAGUUCCUGCUGAUGAGGUCGGUCAUCGAGAUCUGCCAGGAAGUCAUCAAACAGUCCAACGUGCAGAUCUUGGUGCCCCCUGCUCGGGCUGACAUCAUGCUUUUCCGCCCGCCUGGGACCUCGGACUUGGGCUUCCCUUUGGACAUGACCAAUGGGGCAGCCUUGGCAGCCAACAGCAAUGGCAUUGCGGGCAGCAUGCAGCCCGAGGAGGAGGCAGCCCGGGCGGCAGGUGCAGCCAUUGCAAGCCAGUCCUCUCUGCCUGUGUUACCUGGGGUGGAUCGAUUGCCCAUGGUGGCUGGACCUUUAUCCCCCCAAUUGCUAACUUCCCCAUUCCCCAACGUGGCAUCCAGUGCCCCUCCCCUGACUGGCAAACGAGGCCGGGGCCGCCCAAGGAAGGCCAACCUGUUGGACUCAAUGUUUGGCUCCCCAGGGGGCCUGAGGGAGGCAGGCAUCCUUCCAUGUGGCCUGUGUGGAAAGGUGUUCACUGAUGCCAACCGUCUCCGGCAGCACGAGGCACAGCACGGCGUCACCAGCCUCCAGCUGGGCUACAUUGAUCUUCCUCCUCCAAGGCUGGGCGAGAAUGGGCUACCCAUCUCUGAGGAUCCUGAUGGCCCCCGUAAGAGGAGCCGGACCCGGAAGCAGGUGGCCUGUGAGAUUUGUGGCAAGAUCUUCCGAGACGUGUACCAUCUCAACCGGCAUAAGCUCUCCCACUCUGGGGAGAAGCCCUACUCUUGCCCCGUGUGUGGACUUAGGUUCAAGAGGAAAGAUCGCAUGUCCUACCAUGUGCGGUCCCAUGACGGGUCCGUGGGCAAGCCCUACAUCUGCCAGAGCUGUGGGAAAGGCUUCUCCAGGCCUGAUCACUUGAAUGGACAUAUCAAGCAGGUGCACACUUCUGAGCGGCCUCACAAGUGUCAGACCUGCAAUGCCUCUUUUGCCACCCGAGACCGUCUGCGCUCCCACCUGGCCUGUCACGAAGACAAGGUGCCCUGCCAAGUGUGUGGGAAGUACUUGCGGGCAGCAUACAUGGCAGAUCACCUGAAGAAGCACAGUGAGGGGCCCAGCAACUUCUGCAGUAUCUGUAACCGAGGUUUCUCCUCUGCCUCCUACUUAAAGGCCCAUGUUAAAACCCACCACGGUGUUCCCCUUCCCCAGGUCUCCAGGCACCAGGAGCCCAUCCUGAAUGGGGGAGCAGCGUUCCACUGCGCCAGGACCUAUGGCAACAAAGAAGGCCAGAAAUGCUCACAUCAGGAUCCGAUUGAGAGCUCUGACUCCUAUGGUGACCUCUCAGAUGCCAGCGACCUAAAGACUCCAGAGAAGCAGAGCACCAACGGCUCCUUCUCCUGUGACAUGGCAGUCCCCAAAAACAAAAUGGAAUCCGAUGGGGAGAAGAAGUACCCAUGCCCUGAAUGCGGGAGCUUCUUUCGCUCCAAAUCCUACUUGAACAAACACAUCCAGAAGGUGCAUGUCCGGGCUCUUGGGGGCCCCCUAGGAGACCUGGGCCCUGCCCUCGGUUCACCCUUCUCUCCCCAGCAGAACAUGUCUCUCCUCGAGUCCUUUGGGUUUCAGAUAGUUCAGUCAGCAUUUGCAUCAUCUCUAGUAGAUCCUGAGGUUGACCAGCAGCCCAUGGGGCCUGAGGGGAAAUGAGAGAUGUGUGUGUCCCUCUGGGGACUGCGGAGAAAUGCUGUGAAUGCGGAGGGAAGUGAUGUCGUCGGGUUCUGUAGCUGAGAGAUUUUUAUUCGUUUUUAACUGCCCCCCUCCACCCUGUCACCCCACUCCCCUCGCCACCACCCAGUCCCCCAAUGGUCUUUAGAAAUAGAUUCUCAUCUGAUGCUCUGCAGCAUGUCUGCGAGAUCCAGUAUGGGACAAGGACAGAAAACACUACAUAGGCCUCCAAGGCAACAUCAAUCCUGGUUUCUCUAAAGGUCAGAAGCUAGAAUUGUUGGUGCUCAAUUCUUAGUGACACCAAAACCAAACCCAACUCCAUGGCAUUCUGGGACCUCAAUGAUUUUGGUCCCCUCCCACUUCUCCAAUCCCUUAACCCCUUUCCCCUUCCCACAUCCCUCAAAAGAAACCAUGGUAGGGUUUCUACCCACUUACACAGCACCGAUGCCCAGCUGUUUUUUAAGGAAGCCAGAAGCCUACAGCAUCCCAUGGACCAUGGGGUAAGGGUCUGUCCCUCUGAGCUCAAGCCUUGGCCUGGAGGGCCCUAGACUUUCCGGAGCCCUGCUUGGAGGCCAGCAUUUCACUGCUGGGACAAGCUCAGCUAUUGAGGACACCCUCACCCCAAAUUCCAGUUCUUACAUGAUUUUAACCAUUCAACUUGCUGUUGGGUUUUAAUUCUCUAAUUAUUAUUAUUGUUAUUAUUUUUUAGGACCAGUUGUAGUGAAUUGCUACUGAAAGCUAUCCCAGGUGAUACAGAGCUCUUUGUAAACCGCAGUCACAUGUUAGGGUUAGUAUUAAACCUUGUUUAGAUGUACCAUAAUUAACUUGGCUAGUUGAUUGUUUAAAGUCUAUGGAAGAGAUAGUUUUAUGCAAAAUUUUAAAAAAUGCCAGUCUGGUCAGGGAGGUAUGGGUUUAGAUGCUAUCGGGAGCCAGAAAAUGGGAGAAGCCAGCAGGUGGGGACAUUGUGUACCUCGGUGUGCCACACUUGAGUAAGCCCAGAUUGACCUCAUGAUGUGAAUUGAACUGAUUAGACUGUAUUAAAAACGUUAGUAUGUUACUCUACCUA